AUGAGGGUGACUGGCACUAGGAAAGGUGUGAAGACUCCAGGCUGGCUCUCCUAUAGCCUGCACUUUGGGGGACAGAGACACAUAAUCCACAUGAAGGCCAAAAAGCUGUUAGUAUCCACGUACUUCCCAGUGUUCACCUACACAGACCAGGGUGCUCUUGUUGGAGAUGAACCUUAUGUUCAGGAUGACUGCCACUUCCAAGGUCAUGUGGAAGGAGACCCAGAAUCCAUCAUUGCUCUUAGCUCCUGUUUUGGGGGCUUGCAAGGAAUGCUAAAGAUAACUGAUGCUGUGUAUGAAAUUAAGCCAAAGAGGUUUUCUACCAAACAUGAACAUCUAAUCUAUAAACUGAAUUACAAUGAGACAGAAUUCCCAUCCAUGAAAUGUGGAUUAACAGAACAAACAGCACGGCAAUUAGCAUUUCAAGAGACUAAUAAUUUCCCUCUCAGGCAAAUCAGCUAUGAGGGCUGGUGGACGCACAGAUGGUUUGUUGAGCUGGCAGUGGUAGUAGACCAUCAACGAUUUCUUCACAGGGAGAGUAAUGCUUCUGGGGUGCUAGUGGAGGUGUCUCUCAUUCUAAAUGAAAUAAAUGCCUUUUAUAGUGCAAUGGAUGUUGAUUUCAGUUUAUCUGGACUUGAGAUUUGGAAUGAAGGCAACCAACUGCAAGAAAAUGAUAUGGAACAAUUUUUGAUAACCUUUUGUCAGUGGAAAAGAGUAGCCAUUAAUCACCGAAUACCCCAUGAUAUUUUACAUCUAUUUAUAAAGCAGAACUUUGGUAAAUAUGUUGGCCUAGCAUAUGUUGGAACAAUAUGUCAUCAAAAUUACAACUGUGGAAUUAACAAGUUUGAUGUAGAUGAAUUGUUUCCACUUGCACAUACCGUGGCACAUGAGAUUGGUCAUAAUUUGGGUAUGGCACAUGACGAUCAUACAUGUACAUGUGGGAAGAGCACAUGUAUAAUGUCUCCAGCAGAAAAUGAUUCAAAUUCUUUCAGCAACUGCAGUUAUGCCUCCUUCUAUGAAAUAUUACUUAGAACAUUCUGCAUGCACAAUCUACCUUAUCUUUUGAAGACAGACAGACAGUGUGGCAAUGGUGUGGUUGAAGAAGGAGAGGAGUGUGACUGUGGAUCCUUACAAAUGUGUACACAUGAUCCUUGUUGCUUGACAAACUGCACUCUGAGACCUGGGGCAGCUUGUGCCUUUGGGCUUUGUUGCAAAGAUUGCCAGUUGAGGGCAUCAGGUGAAGUAUGCAGAGAAAAGGAUAAUGAAUGUGAUCUUCCAGAGUGGUGCAAUGGAGUUUCACAGGCAUGUCCAGAUGAUGUCUAUAUGGAGAACGGAUACAAAUGCUUAGACACUGGCUUCUGUUACAAAAAGAGAUGUAAUGUCCGUGAUGAACAGUGUAGACAAAUUUUUGGCAAGAAAGCUAAGAAUGCAAAUCUAAAAUGCUACAGAGAAAUCAAUAGCCGUGGUAACCGUUUCGGUAACUGUGGGAACGAGAGUGGAUCAUAUAUAGGAUGUAAUAUCAAAGACAUUCUGUGUGGAAGAAUUCAGUGUCAGAACGUAACGAGUAUCCCGUAUUUGAAGGAACAUAGUACUGUGCAUUUUAUUCACAUCAGUGGCCAUGACUGCUGGGGCACUGACCACCAUUUUGGGAUGCCCAUAUCUGACAUUGGUGAUGUGAAAGAUGGCACAGAGUGUGGAGAAAAACAUAUGUGUAUUCACAGGAGCUGUGUCUCUGUGGAACGUGCAACACAUCUUUGUUCACUUAAGAGAUGCCAUAAGAAUGGAGUCUGCAACAAUAAACAUCACUGUCACUGCAACUCUAACUGGGCCCCACCUAGGUGUGAAAGAGAAGGCAGUGGGGGUAGUAUUGACAGUGGCCCACCCCCUCAUAGAAAACUGAAGAAAUCUACAGUGCAGAGUUACGUGACCCUAUUUUUACUGUCUCCUUUUUUGCUUUUGUGUUGUUAUUUCAUUAUUUCACUCUGUAGGAGAAAAAUUAAGGAAGAAAAAAGAAAAGAAGCUCCACUUGUGGGAAAGCAGAGUGCUGAGGCCCCGCCUGAGUCAGGGCAGGAUGCUGCCGCUCCACUUAGUGGAGAGGGUACAGAGGCUCCACCUAAGGAAGAGGAAGAUGUUGAAAUGGCACCUGACAUGGAGCAGAAUGACCAAAAUCCACCUGAGAUGGAAGAGGAAAAAAAUCACAAUUGA